GCGGCUGUGUAUCCCGAGCUCGCGACCGGGAAGCUCGGAGAAACUCUUCAACCGAAACCCAACGCAACGACAAGUAUUGUCCUAAAAAUAACGGCCGAUUUUAAACUGUUUUUUGCGCGUCUGUAGCCGCCGAACACGGAGCCGAAGUGCCGAACUAAUCCUGGAAGUCGGUUCGGUGUUUUGGGUGAACUUGUCCCGAGUUGUGGUGGUGGAUGUUAGCGGCGACAAAACAGGAGGAGGUAUAAUGUUGCUGCUGCUGCUGCUGCUGCUGCUGUCUCUGUUUUGACCCAGCUCCAUUUUCCCCAGACAGACAGACAGGACAAGGAGAAGACAGGAUAAAGAGGGAAAGAAAGGAAAAGGAAAAAAAAAAAACAAAAAGGAGAAAUGGCCGAGGCACGGUCUGAAGAAGAGGAGGAAAACAUGAUGACGGACGCCCGGGAACAAGUGGUCCGACGACAGCCAAACAGCUCCGGAGGUCGUCCUGACAGACGUAAGCCCGAGCAUCGUCACAGUCAGGGUCCUCUCUCGUCCAUCAGAGCUGCCAUCAAGAGAACCUCCAACAGGUCGACUUCUCUCUCUGAGACGUCCAGAGACAGAGACAGAGAACGGGACAGGGACAGAGACAGGAGGCGACCAGAGAUCACCAUCCUGUCUGCAGAGCCGCUGGCCUCCACGUCCUGGUUCCCAGGGGCCUCUGGAGGAUUCCCACCUCCCCCUCCUCCUGCCGCACAGAUCUGGGGACCCACAAUCCCUCCGUCCGUACAGCCUCCUCCUUCCUAUGAAGAGGUGAUCAGGGAGAAGACACAGGAGCAGGUUCUCCUGCCUUCUUCUUCCUCCUGCUCCUCCUCUUCCUCAUCCUUGUCACGUCCAGUUUCCACAAUAACCAUCGCCACACAGACUGACCCAGGAUCUGAUCCCCAAGACGCACAGGUGAGGAGACCAGUAAGACCACCACGACCGCCUCUCCCUUACCCUCACAAAUCAUCCCACGUUGAUGACAUCACCGUCACCGCCGGCCAAUCAACGCUCAGCUCCCUUAACAGUGACAGUUUGGUACCAAACACACACGCUGAGACAGUCACACACACACAGUGCUGUGUCGUCCUCACUGAACUUUGUUCACCUUUGACAUCAACCACUGGUGCUCAAACCGACCAAUGGGAACAGCCUUCUGCUGCUGUUGACGUGGCAGCUCCUUCUACCGCUUCUUCUUACGUUCAGUUGGAUCGUCCUAGACCACGGCCUCGUUCCAAACUCGGUGUGCAGCCAAUCAGCAGCGAGGUCAAAGUUCAGACUUUGGUGAAACUACGCGAGGACGGUUUGGCCACGUUAGCCGCCCGCGAAGGAGCUGACACCACUAGGCAAGAGGUUAGUCAGGGGAAGUACCUGCAGGAGCUGCUCGAGGCCUUCAGCUCAGACGACUGGGGCUUUCCUGUUCGCCACAGCGACAGCAGUGGGCAGAGCCAGUCAGAGAGUGAGGAAGGAGGCGAGGAAGAGGACGGGGAGGACAUGGCGACUCUGAAAGCGAGGAUACAAGCCUUCGAGCAGCAGCAGCAGCAGCAGCAGCAGCAGCAGCAGGUGGCUGAUGGGAACUGUGGGGACAGUAACAACAGAGACUUUGUUCCCACAAAGAAACCUGAACCACGGCCACGCCCUCGUCUCCAGGGGCAACCAGCCAAAUCUGCCCCUCCCAUCGUCGCGCCAAAGCCCAAAAACUUUUCACAUGCUCCAAAACCAUCCAGCAAGGUAUUCUGGGAAGAUGGUGGUUUGACCGCAGUGGCGGCAGACUCGGGCGGUGCAGACACUCUGAAAACAACUGAAACCCCAUCUGCAGACCUAAACCCUAAACCUCCAUCUGCCACCGAACCAGCACCUUCCUGUGCCCCGAAAUCUGCUCCAGCUUUGGCACCCCAACCUUUCAAAACCACUCAAAAACCUUCAGUAACACCAAAACCCCAGUGUGCUACAGAAACCCUUCCAUCUGGUAACCCUUCUCCUGUCCCAGCCCCCAGGCCUCCUCCACCAAAGGUCACCCCCAGUCUCAGUGAAACUCCCUCCCCUGCCAACCCCAAACCCCCACCCAGACCUCCAGUUGCCCCUAGAGCCAGCAUGGGAGCACCCCACCAGGACAAGAGCACUGCAGUUGGCCGCACUACUCCGACUCUGCCCCCGAGACCCGUAGUGGAGGUUGGCAGCGGAGCACAGACAGAGAAUCAGACUGGAAGUGAUGAGACGCAGGAUGCUGCAAACCAAACUGUGAAAGUAGGAAGUGCUCGUCCAGGCAUCCCGACCAAACCAGCAGCACUGACCUCACCACGCAGAGCCAGUGCUCCAAAUCUGGCUCCCAAACCCACUGGGGCCUCACCAGCACCUCCAGAUCCAAACCCAGUCCCAGCCAAACCUGCAGCUGCCCCAGCUACAACCCCCAAACCAUCAGUAACAGUCACUGCUCCAGUCCCAGCCAAACCCCCAAUCCCGGCUCCGGCUCCGGCUCCGGCUCCGGCUCCGGCUCCGGCUCCGGCCCUGAGGAAAGGCCCUAUGAUCCAGACAAAAGCUGAAACUACCAGCACUGCUAACCCAAACUCCUCAGACCCUCCUCUUCCUCCACGGCCUUCAAGUGUGAAGUUCCUCCCCCUUCGUCCUCCACCAAUCAAAUCCACUCCUGGGCGACCACCGCCUCCAGCCAUCAACUCAACGUCCUCGGUCAACCAGAUCCCUCCACCCUCCAAAACCAGUCCUGCACCCUCCGUCCUAACACCCAGCCAGUCUUCGCCUUCACAGACCACUCCACCUCCUCCUUGUGUAACAGCAAAUCAGCUGCAGGCUCAAAGGGUACCAAAGAGAGGACCGCCUCUGCCCCCCCGGCCUAAACCUGGACAUCCUCUCUAUAACAGCAACACAAAACAGGAAGUCCUGAUUGUCCUGGACGACCCCAGCCCGGUGCCCUCAGAGAAUCUCUCAGGUGAAGGAAAGAGUCAAACCACCGUCACCCCUCUCAUCAACCCAUCACAGUCUCUCCUGGACCUGGACACCCAACCAGAGCCUGUCCUCGAUCAGGAAAGCCAGUCAAAACCUGCCUUAGAGGACCUCGGCCUGUCAGAGUCCCAGUCCAUCCUGCCUGUGCCGCCUACUGAACAGAAGGAACAGCCAGACCCUCCUCCUGUCAGUGGUCCUCGGUGCAUCGCCUUGUUUGACUACGAGGGAGAGGAGGAAGACGAGCUCACCUUCUCCCAGGGCGAUGUCAUCGCCCUCCUCGAGCUCAUAGGGCAGGAGUGGGGGCGGGGCCAGAUCCACGGGCGAAUAGGAAUAUUCCCCCUGAACUUUGCUGAGGUGGUGGAGCCGCUCCCACAGCCGGUGUUAUCACCCGGGGACAUGACGAAAACUACAUUGGUGGAUACGGCAGUGAUAGAAAGCGCUGCACCAAAGACCUCACAGGACCCAAACUCAGAGGCAGAGGAGUGGGAUGUGGCUUUGUUUGACUUCCCCGGUCAGACUGCAGAGGAUCUGUCCUUCCACAAGGGGGCACUGAUCCAAGUGACGAAGCACAUCGAUGCUGAGUGGAGGAGAGGCAGACUGGAGGGGAGAGAGGGGCUGUACCCCGCUGCCUUCACACAGCCCUACCAGGUUCAGGCAGUCCCGGGCCACCAGCCAGCGGUUAUAGGAGCGGCCAAGGCUCUGUUUGACUUUGCGGCAGAGAGUGAGAACGAGCUCACACUAAAGGUCGGUGACAUUGUAACACAGGUGGAGUCUGUGGAUGAGCAGUGGAUUUUGGGAGUUGUGGGUGGGAAGCGUGGGAUCGUGCCUAAAAACUACAUUUCUCUUCUCUGACAAGGAAAUCCUGAAACAGCCGGUGGGAAAAGAGUGAAAAUAACUUUCCUUCGCUGUCUUCAACCACUCUAUGUUAAAAGGGUUGCAGUGUUGAACUGGCAGCCUCUCCACCCGUCAUCACUGCAGAGCGUUUUCCUGUGUUUUGUUGUUGUUUUUUUUAACUAGAGUACUGUGCACACAUGGACACGCACAUGUAUCUGGUGUUUCAGUGUUUUUCUGAAAACUGAACAUUGAAAUUUCUGAGCAGUUUGUAAUGAAACAGAAGCAGCCUGGUCGGUCUGUAUUGGCUGUUUGGUUACUGAAUUGGAGAACUCUGAUUGACAGCCCUGACCUAACAUUGCCAUGACAACUGAGACUUUGCUCUGCUCACUAUUGUCAUGAUGACGAAAAAGAACAGGAUGGACCUGUGCUGCCUCAACGACGGCAUAAAACUGAUAUCAGGACAUUUAUUUUAGCAUCAGCAUCCUGUCACGUUGCGAUGUUCCCCCUGUGCUCUCCAACAGACAUUUCUAACCGGGACUGGAUUACACUUUUUUUUGGAUUUGACCGCCUCGUGAACCCAAACCCUGAAGCUCCUGCUCACGACUGUUUAAGCUCCGCAAUAGGGUAAACGGCUCAAAUCGAUCUGCAUGAUGGGAUAUAAUGGAAAAACAGCAUCCAGGUCGUACGUGGUUGGACAUCUGCUCUUGAGAGCCACUUUUUUCAGCUUUUCCUCUUUGUAUCUGAUUGCAGGUGUUUAACAACGAAUGUUAUCAUGUCAGCGGAAACCUUUUCAAAAUCAGGUCAGCUUGUCGCAUUCGAACUGGAAAGUCUCAGAUCAGCACGUUUAGAGAGGAGGACUAAUUCACUUUAACUAACUCAGUUAAAACCUAAAAGUACAUUUAUCUUUAACAUAGUGAACCACGAAGAGCAUUCAUUCUCAUCCAGAGCCAGAGGGGAUUAGAAAACAGUAUUAAAGCUCCACAUUAUGCAGUUUUAAGAUGAAUGACUGCCGGGUCAGGCUUUUUAAUAGUUACUCUCUCCGUCAGGGCCGACAGGCUCCAAGGUGAGCUGCAGGCCGGAUGUUUGUUGUCCUGCUAAAGCCUCCUGAGAGGAAACACCACCUGUGGUUUGUGUUGUUGUGCGACCUGUGUGUAGCUCGGUGCUGUUUUCCUAACGCUAAAUAUUUUUAACCUGUGGUGCCUGUUGAUCUGAAGGCCAAAAAUUGCAGCUUUUGGGACAAAUAAUGAGGACAUUUUUCUGUUUAGUUAAAAUUAGAAAUGUUCAGGAUGUUUUGUUUUAUGACACUGGUAGGUAGCUAUUUAUAAAUUACUUCAGAAGAUCCUUUUUAUGUUGCGCAUGUUUCAUUGAUAAAAUCUAGAAAAAAAUGUUUUACAUUCCUUAAGGUUUGAAGCUUAGACUGAAACAUUUUACGAAAAGACCACUAUGACUGGUUUUCAUCUGUUAUCUACACAUUGCUCAUACAUCACUGCUGACCAAUUUUCCAAAGCAUUUCUAAUUGUGUCAACGCACACAAAGCAAGGUGCAGAACAGUACGCCGUGCUUUAUCCACCAAAUUGUUAUGGCUUAGUUGCCACCCCGAAGAAGGCAAGAUACCCGACCUUUUCGGUGAAAAAAAGCACGGUGUACUUGAGAAAAGUUGUGCGAUUUGUUUUAAUUUUCCGCUGCUUAUCGGAAAAUGGUUGGGCAGGAAAGUAAAACAAAGUGAACGUAAUUGGUAUUCAACGGAUUAAAACCCGUAACUAAAGCUCGACACUAAGAGCAAGCAGCUCAGUGUAAACAAACGAAAACACAAAUAAUAACUGGUCAUGAAAUUCAUUUGUACACUACAGACUUAAAUCUUAAAUAAAUAUGGUAUGAACAUAUUAUGUUCAUAAAAGAAAUGAAAUAAGUUUUGCAAAACUUAAAAAUCACUUAAGGUACUUGUUCAUAGUUUAUUAGUCAGGCUUAAAUGUCAUGAAUACAUAAUUUGUACCAAGUGAACCAGAAACUGUUGUUAUGACGGUACAGGCUGGUACUGUACCUGAAAUAGGAAGUGUGUUUGUCACGGCAUUAACGUACUGAAUAGUUUGUCAGGACGCUGCGGCUCUUUAAGAUGCAAGGCUCUGGCUGUAGUUUUAAAUACGCACUGUACUUCUGUCUUUUCUCAAGUAUUCCCUCACAUUUCCUCUCUCUGUUUCCUUUGUUAAAAAACCACAUCUCAAAAACAGAACCUGAUGUUUCUGGACUGAAAAUGAGUCGUACUCAUCAACUGAAACUCCCGUGUAUUUUUAUUUCCAUUGAAGAUAAAACAUGGAUGAUUUUCUCUAAAUGCGUUCUCAGCAUAUUAGCAGUGACGAUCAAUUCCUCUCAUUAAUGUUUUUAGUUGUUUAUCUGACGGUUGAAGGUCACCGACCAAACCACUUUUUCCUUUCACUUCAUGUUUCUUUGUCUCCUUUUUAAUGUGCACAGAAUAAAACUUGGUAACUUUCUACAUGGACAACAUCGUUCAGUUAUUACUUAUCUUUCCCAUGAAAUUCUGAAGGCACCGUUAAACAUAGAUUACUUUUAUUUUGGGGAAAAAAAGAUAAAUUUACAAAAUAAAAUGAAGCCAGAUGACAGUGAUGGUGUAUUAUAGUAGAUAAUACUUUGUUACAUUGUAUUGUGAGAUAAGUGGAGUCCUGAAGAUGACAAUGGUGUGAGGUGAUUAUUUGGUCAAGCCCACAGGGAGUGGAACAGGCAGAGACGUCUGUGGAUCGUUACUGAGAAAAAGAAGACGGUCUACAUUUACAGCAGUAGCUUUUCUGACAGUUUAUUUUACAUCUAUAUGGUACGUGUGUCACCCACAGCCUUUGCGUGAUGGUCGGAGUCCUUAAAAUGUAAUUAGAUGUAAUGACAAAAUGCAAAAUGCCACCAACACUUACUGCAUCUGCUGUCAAGCAAAAACCACAACACAGAUCAUGCAAUCCUGAUUAUUCAACGGUCACGAGAGACGUAUCGGGAAAUGUUGCACUCUGCUUUUGUUAAUGAACAGAGCACGGAAACUGCAGAUUUUCAAUGACUAGACUCUAACUGUUCUCUGCACUUUGCCGACGCAGCUGUUAAAACAAUUCUCACUAGCCAAUCGAGCAAGUGGACUCGAGCGCAAAUAGUGAACAAGUUUGGAGCAGUCCAUGUUUAAUGUUCAGAGAGAAAGAAAACCUUUCAGCAUCCGUGUUUCUUUUCUCUGAGUUGUUUCACUUUAAAGCGUCAAGGUUGGAAGUGCAGCCAAGCAGGCUGGAUUCUUCUUUCCUGAUUCUGACCCGAUCGAUCACUGCAGGCGUCAAGAGAAAAUCUUACAUGUGGCAUCUAUUGGACUGAUGAGCACCAAUGUAAUGACUGUAAUACUAGUGACUGUGUGUG